UAUAAACCCGUCCUCCCAUCUGAUUACACGGCUAUUGCUGUUUCUUCGGCGUACUCGAUCUCCAAUUCGGUACAUCCUUGCUGCAAAGGCACCCUCCUCACUGCCCUUAUGUCUGGGUAGCCUGAUUCUCCCAACCCCAAAGGACUGGACCCGACCAGGCUCCACACUCCACCAUGGCCGCCAGCUCCCGCGCCCGAUCCGUCGAUCUCAUCGACGCGGAUACGGAGCGGACCGCGUUGCUGGCCGCCACGCCCACUCAGACGACACCCGCUUCCACCCGUUCUCAAUCUCCCGGGUAUAGGACAAGCAAAUCCAUCAGCCAGGCCGUACCCAACAACGAGGAUGAGGAUGAGGAUGACGGCGACAAUGAUGCCGCCGCCUCGGCAGCCUCGGCCGCCGUAAACCACCUCCGCGCCCUCCUCCGCCCGCGCGUGGUCGUCCUCUCCAUCGUCCUCAUCUUCUUCAUCGAGCUAGGAAUCGGCAUGGGCAUCCCGCCCACCAACGCCGUCAUGGAGAGCAUCAUCUGCAGGCAGAUGCAUCCGGGGAUCUUCCUCCCCCCGGCGAACACCACUGCUCCCCCCGUUCACCUGCCUGGACCCAACGUCCCUGAGCUUCCCACCAGCACCAGCACCAGCACCACGGUCGCGGCGGCGCAGGGAGGCAAGAUCCGCCGCUUUGCCGGCGGCGUGAUCCUGGUCGACGACCCGACCUGCAAGCACCCGGACGUCCAGGGGUACUUGGCCAUGCUGCGCGGGUGGCAGAACACGUUCGAGUGCUUCCCGGGCCUCAUGGGCGCCGUGCCCUACGGCAUCCUCUCGGACCGCUGGGGCCGACGGCCGGUGCUGGGACUGGGUCUGGCGGGGAUCAGCGCGUCGGUUGCGUUCACUUACAUCAUUUUCUACUUCUCGGACGUGGUGCCCUUGUGGACGACGUGGUUUUCGGCAGCCUUCCAACUCAUUGGUGGCGGUGGCAGCAUUGUUGUGGCCAUGCUGUAUACGGCCGUCGCAGACGUUGUCCCCCCGGCCGAGCGCACGACUGUGUUCUUCCAGAUGGCGGCUGUCUUCCUCGCCUCGCAAAUGAUUGCUGGUCCUCUCGGCGGCGCCAUGCUGCUCUGGGACCCGUGGAUUCCGCUGCUCGUCUCCCUGCUUGUCCUGGUUCUCACAGCGCUAUCGGUCCUGGUCUACCCAGAGACGGUCCACCUCCAUGAUGGGAAGGGAUCGCGGGAAGAGUCGCACCGCGUCGGAGAUGACACCCCCCCAGUGACAAAGCUCGUGCACAAGGUACGGGAGGGGUUCGUCGAUAUGCGGGCGUUUGUGCUCGGCAACGUGAGCGUGGUAUUCUUGUUGCUGUCGUUCGUUUUUGUUGUCCUGGGCCGCUACGUCGGAGAGAUUCUGCUGCAAUAUUCGACCGACAGGUACAGGUGGAGUUGGAGCACGGCGUCGAUGGUCCUGACAAUCCGCAACGCGGGUAGCUUGGUGACUCUGCUAGCAGCAAUGCCCGUUGCUAGCUGGUUCUGCACUCAGCGCCUCGGCAUGGAGAGCGUGGCCAAGGAUCUCUGGUUGACCCGCUGGUCAGGCAUAUUCCACGUCGUGGGCAGCUUCACCAUUGCCGCUGCCGCCAACGGUAUCGUCUACUCGUUUGGACUCGCCUGGUUCGCUCUCGGAUCGGGCAUGGUAGCGACGACCCGCUCCUUACUCAACACAUUGGUGGAGGAGCACCAUGUCGGAACGCUCAACUCGCUCAUUGCCUUCAUGGAGACGGUGGGCCUAUCAGUCUCCGGCCCCUUACUGGCCGGUAGUCUCCGUGUCGGGCUGGAUCUCGGCGGGGCAUGGAUCGGCAUGCCCUUCUUCACUGCCGGCGUAUUUUUUGUUAUUUCUACAGCGAUAGUGUGGUUUUUCAGGCUGCCAGAUUCGCGGUCCUCGAGUACAACAGCUGAGCCGUCAUGCUGAGGAAGAAUAUCACAUUCCCAACGCGUCUUCCGUUUCUCUCUCUCUCUCUCUUUUUCCUCCCCCCCCCCUGUGUUUGGAGUUCGGGGUGCGGUUAGAUUGGGGUCGAUAUAGACAAUUACUUCGAAGACACUGUAUGGAGAGUUGGAACAGUUGGCGUUCCUGUAUGUACAGGCAUACACCUACCCCGGGUGGUUAACAGGUCUCUAUCUGGAAACGCAACAGCAUUUGAACCGGAGGGAGGAGGGAGAAUGGAGUGAAGGGA